UGAGAAAGCCGGUCGUAUCAGCACUUCUUGCACAACAAACACGAAAGAUGCACAUCGAAAGCAUACCCAUGUGGGAGGGGAGCGGCAAUAACUACGCCUACCUCGUCACCGAUGACAAGACAAAGGACGCUGUGAUCAUCGACCCUGCAAAUCCACCCGAGGUACUGCCAGCAUUGAAGAAGGCAACGGACAGCGGCAUCAAUCUCAAGCACAUAAUCAACACUCACCACCACCAUGACCACGCAGGAGGCAAUGCCGAGAUCCUCAAGACGUAUCCACUUCCAAUCAUUGGUGGUAAGGAUUGCGCAAAGGUGACCAAAACGCCAGGCCAUGGCGAAACUUUCACAAUUGGCGAAGGCAUCAAGGUGAAAGCUCUCCACACGCCAUGCCACACUCAGGACAGCAUAUGCUACCUCUUUGAAGACGGCAACGAUCGAGCUGUAUUCACCGGCGACACUCUCUUCAUCGGUGGCUGCGGACGAUUUUUCGAGGGCACGCCUCAAGAGAUGGACACAGCUCUCAACAAGACACUGGCUGCGCUUCCUGACGACACCAAGGUCUUUCCUGGUCACGAAUACACGAAAGGCAAUGUCAAAUUCGGUGUUCAGGUCAUUCAAUCGGACCCGAUCAAGAAGCUCGAGGCUUUUGCAAACUCGAACAAGCAGACUCAGGGCAAGUUCACAAUUGGAGACGAGAAGCAAUUCAAUGUCUUCAUGAGACUAGAUGACCCGGAGGUGCAGAAGUAUACGGGAAAGACGGAUCGAGUGGAAGUAAUGGCAGCCCUGCGGGAGGCGAAGAACAAGAUGUAAAAGUAAAGAAAGAUAUCUAUUUGCGAAGGCGAAAAUGAUUCCCUUCCCAUG